AUGUUUCACUUUCGAACCAAAAAGGAAUAUGCGUUUGAUAUAUCUUCCAAAUGCAAAGCAGUCGGGACCAAUCGGUGCAACCUCAAAGUUGUCAGAGAAGUAUUUGACAAACUAGACGAUGCACAUAAAGAUCGAUUUGUAGAGUCGUGCUUCCGGCAACUAAUAAAUAUUCUCGAGCUCAUAUUGUCCUUGCUAGUCCACCAAGUACUUCGUAGGACAUUGAAAGCGUCCGAAAAUGACAAAGAUGCGGUGUGGUUCAGAUUUGGGGAAAAAGAAGCUAGAUUCGGGUUACAAGAGUUUUGUCUUGUAACCGGAUUUAAGAUGGCAGCGAAUGAUGAAAAUGCGUACGAGGUCCCCAAAUAUAACAGUUUGCUUUUGCAACUGUUCAAGGAGAAGAAGGGGAAGAUCAAACGCAAUGACUUACUCGAGAAAUUUCAUGAGCUGGAUAAUGAGGAAGACGCGGAGACGAAGUACAAAUUGGGACUUGUGACAGUCUUGGAGCAUGUGGUUUUGUCUGCAGAGUGCGAGACUCUUGUAGAUGAAAGAUGGUUUAAUUUAGUUGAAGAUUUAGAAAAAUUCAACAGUUAUCCCUGGGGCAACUUGUCGUAUCAGCAGACUUUAAAGUUGUUCCAGCGGACCUCUUUCGGGAAGGGAAAAAAUCCAAAGUCCAUAAAGUAUUCUUUGCAUGGAUUUCCCCUGGCUAUUAUGAUUGAAGUUCGACGAACGUUGGAACCCUGUUCAUAUGAAGUUGAGUCUUCAUAUGUGAACGAUCUGGGUAUAAUUGCCCAGGAAGAAGAUAGUGUCCGUCAAGAUGAGGAUGGAGAAUGCACUGCGACCAAAGUUGAAGAAGAAGGAAGUGCAUCUUCUAAAGCUGAUGAUGAUGAUGAUGUAGAUGAUGAGGAAGAAGAAAAAGAUGAUGAAGAAGAAGAAGAAGAAAAAGAAAAUGCGUCUCAACCUGAUCCACCACAACCACAUGUUUUGGAUGCAGAAUAUAUUCGAACUAUAGUCAGGGAAGUUGUGACGGAAGUUGUGAAGGACGAGAUGAAGCGAAUGGAGAUGAAGAUGGAGAUGAAGAUGGAGCGAAUGGAGAUGAAUAUGGAGAUGAAGAUGAACAAUUUUUUUGACCGAAUAGAAAAAUUAGUUUUUCAAGCAAAAGAUGGUCCAUCUACCCGUGCUAACUAUGACGGGACAAAUGUGGAUGAAGAGGUUGAUCUGAAGAUCAAUAUGCGGGAUACGGAGACCGCUCGAAGUGUAGAUGGUGUUGAAGGUAUUUUUUAA